AAAAUUGUUGUAGUUUCAAGGAAAUCAAAGUAACUGAUUAUUAUAGUUCAAUAAAUUUAUUAUUUAAUUUCCUAACUCAAAUCAUGACCGAAAUUUCUUGUGGAAAAACCACUUACAAAUGCCAUUUCUUGCCGACGUCGAACGAUAAAUUUGCAAUUAAAGCACAGCCUAUCCCGCAAGUGGAUCCAAAUCUUAUGUCUGGACAUUUUGCUAACAACAUAUCGAUAAACAGACCUUCAAGACGUUAUAAUGAUAAAUAUGACACACAACAAGAAGCGUAUCAAGAUUAUUUAAAGAAACUAGAACAAACUAAACCUCAAUUAUUCAAGAUAUAUUUUAAUUCAUCAGAUAUAAAUAUUGAUUUGAUUAAAAAUCAAAUGGAGGACUUAAAACAAUCGACAUAUCAAAGUUUUUACUCUCCGAACGAGUUUCAUUCGAGAAAGAAAAAACUACAUGGGAUAGAUUCUAAAUUUGUUGCCCAAGGAAGUCAUAAGGAAUCCACAACAUAUGACAAUUACUUCAAUAAGAUUGAGGAAUUCAAGAAAAUUUUCAACAAUUCUAAUGAAAAUGAUAAAAAAGAAACAAGUGAAUUUUCAGAAGAAAAGUAUAAAAACAUAAUGUAUAAAUAUUUACCAACAUAUUAUUCAAAAAUAUGCGAACCUGCCUUAAGACAUAGAAAUAUUCUCUUGGAAAAUGGAAAAGCAAAGGAAUCUCCAUUGGAUAGAUACACAUUGAGACGUUUGUAAUUAUUAAAUUAAAGAAGUUCUGCCAACAAGACUGUUAAUAAAUUGACUUUUUAUCAAUUAGUUUGUAAUUAUGUACAUAUAUAAAUAAAAUAAGAGUUUCUUUUUGACUCAUUUUGAUGAAUUUAUA